CGCCGGAGGAGGUGUUAGCAACGCCGCUGCCAGCUGCAUUGUUGUGCUUCUCCGCUGCCCCUUUUUUCAUUGUUGGCGGAGCGUCCUGACUGCACACCGCUGAGCCCUCGCACGCUAGCGACGGCUGCAUCCAGCUAGCGUGAUGUGUCACAUAAGCUAACGAACCUAUCACACAUUUUGUUUCUGACCGUUUGUGAGUGGAUGCUGUCAGUGGUACGAGCUUUGGGAUACCGACGGGGUUCAUCCCACCGUGACGCCUGCAUAUCAACUGUACUUUCAUGUCGUGUCACCCGACAGCAAGUAGUCCCUCCAGAAGAACCAGACGCGGAGCAUGCAGGAGAAGAAAAUAUUUCAGAUAAGUAGAUAGGGGACGUCGGACACAACCGAGUUAAAUUGGACUCUGCGGUUAAUUUAACACCAAGCGGGGGGAUUGCAUUUUGGUGGGCGGACUGAAAGAGAGAGUAAAGGAUGAAGAAGUUUUCCAGAAUGCCAAAGUCCGAAAGCGGCGGGCUCGGAGGGGCGUCCGGGUCCGGCUCCAGCUCCGGAGUCAGCAGCUACUUCGGGAAAGUGUUUGCGGUCGGCCGGUAUCAGGUCACCGUGGAGGAGCUCAUUGCAGAAGGAGGCUUCUCAGUGGUGUUUCUGGCUCGUACGCACAGCGGCGUCCGCUGCGCUCUCAAAAGGAUGUAUGUCAACAACGUCCCGGACCUGAAUGUCUACAAGAGAGAGAUCACUAUCAUGAAGGAGCUGUCAGGCCAUAAGAACAUUGUCGGCUACCUGGACUCCACAAUUAGUGCUGUGUCAGACAGCAUCUGGGAGGUCCUGAUCCUCAUGGAGUACUGUAAAGCGGGUCAGGUGGUGAGGCAGAUGAACCAGCGGUUGAAUGUGGGCUUCAGUGAGGUCGAGGUCCUUCACAUCUUCUGUGACACCUGUGAGGCCGUGGCCCGCCUGCAUCAAUGCAAGACGCCCGUCAUCCACAGAGACCUAAAGGUUGAAAACAUCCUGCUGAACGACCAGGGAAAUUAUGUGCUGUGUGACUUUGGUAGUGCCACUCACAAGGUUUUGCUGCCACAUAAAGAUGGAGUUACUGCUGUGGAGGACGAGAUCAAGAAGUACACAACCCUGUCAUAUCGGGCCCCGGAGAUGAUUAACUUGUACGCAGGGAAAGCCAUCACCACUAAAGCUGAUAUAUGGGCACUUGGAUGCUUGUUGUACAAGCUGUGUUUCUUCGCACUUCCAUUUGGGGAGAGUCAAGUUGCCAUAUGUGACGGAACCUUUAUUGUUCCAGAUAACUCCAAAUUCUCCUUCAAGUUGCACUGCUUAAUCAGAUAUAUGCUCGAACCAGACCAGGAAAAGAGACCAGACAUUUACCAAGUGUCCUACUUUGCCUUCAAGUUAGCUGGAAAAGACUGUCCAGUGCCAAAUCUCUUUAACUCUCCCAUCCCAACGUCGCUCCCAGAGCCUCUAACGGCCAGCGAGGUCGCUGCUAAGAAGAGUAUGACAAAAGCCAGGAUAACGGAUUCGGUCGGGCCCACGGAAACAUCAAUAGCUCCCAGACAGAGGCCAAAGGCAGCAAACAGUAACGUCCUGCCCCUUGCCAACACUGUCACCCCUGUCAAGAUGACCGUGCCCUCAGCACCCGUGAGCAACGGCCAGAAAGCUCCCACCCCUGGCUCAGGGCAGCCGUCCAUGCAGCCCCAGCCCAGCAGUCAGCAGCACCGAGUCCUGCAGCAGUUACAGCCCGGCGACCUGCGUCUACAGCAGCUACAGCAACAUCACCACCAACAACAACAACAACAACAACAAGCAGUGCAGCAACAACAUGCAAAUGCACAGCAACUCCAAUACCUCCAGUACCAACAGGCUGUGCAGCAGUCCCUCCAGCUUCAGCAGCAGCAGCAGGCCCUGCUCCAGCAGCAACAGCAGAUGAUGAUGCAGCCGAUGUACCAGCAGCAGGUGGCUCAGGCCCAGGCCCAGGCUCAGUACGCGGCCAUGCUGCACCAGUACCAACAGGCUUUUGUCCAGCAGCAGCAGCAGCAGCAGCAGCAACAACAGCAGCAUCACCAACAUCAUCAUCAGCAGCAGCAGCAGCAGCAUCCCCUAGCAGCCCCCUCCCUCCCAUCCCCUCUCCUCUUCCCCCCAGAUUCCCCUCCUUUCCACCACCACACACACACCUGCUGCUGGGGGGGGAUGGGGGGGCUAUCACCUGUGGAUCCCUCGUACACUAACCCCAGUAGAAACCCUCUCCUUGCCUCCGACGGGAUCACCACGCCCUCUCGGAGCUGCAACAGCACGGUCAGUAACCCCCCCGACAUGUCGGGCUGGAACCCCUUCGGAGAGGACAACUUCUCCGAAUUGACCGAGGAGGAGCUGAUUGACCGGGAGUUCGACAUGCUCAGAGCAAACAAGCCACUGGAGAGAACGGCCAGUGUGGAAACGGACCGACCGCAGCCGGCCGCCUCCACCGCCAAGCCUCUCCCACCAGAGGACCUGUUCGGCUCGGUCCCGUUUGUGGCCAGCGCAGGUACCAAUGUGAUAAAGACUGAGCAGACCCAUGAGGAAGUCAGCGUACCGGCCCCCAUCUCAACCGCUGCUGAAGAUCUGCAGCCGCCAGCAGCCAAGGAGCACAAAUCCGGCAGAAAGAGUAACUGUAGACCAGGAGAAGAGUCCGACAGUGACUUUGAGUCUGACCCUCCUUCACCGAAAAGCAGCGAGGACGAAGAGCCAGAGGAGGACGAGGCACUGAACAGUGAGCACGGUGAAGACACUGAGCCAGAGAAUCUAGGGCAGAGGCCUCUGCUUAUGGACUCUGAGGAAGAGGGCGAGGAGGAUUAUGACAAGCACAGCUCUGACUCUGACUAUGACCCCAGCAGAGUCAAGAGUCGCUCAAAGAAAGCUCCGGCUGGUAAAGUGGCUUCUGCUGCUGCCAGGAGGAAUCCUCAAGGAGAUUCUGCCAUGACGCUGGUCACCCCUCCCGAGUCGCCCAGCGGAGCAAGAGCUGCCCCAGCUGUGGAAUCUGUGGAAGCUGUGGAUGUUUUCGGUGCUGUUCCCUUCCUUGGAGGAUCCUCGCCGGUCAGACCCCCAGAGAGCACGGACAUCUUUGCCAAAGCGCCUUUCAGGCAAGUGAGCCACGAGCAGCAAGCUACAGAUGACUUCGAUGUUUUUACCAAAGCGCCAUUCAACCGGAACCUCUCCAAGUCUGGAAAGAGUGGCAGUGAUGUUCCCAUGGGUCAAACGCCACCCGUUUCCCCCGAGGGCAUUGACAUCUUUGGCUUCUCUCCCUUCCAGCCGGGCCCCACCGCGCCGCCUCCCAUCACCUCUAGAAGCGCAGACGAUCUCUUUCGGCCGUCUGCUGAGGAGUCGGCGAGUCCUCAGCAACAGAGGCUGAAGCAGCGCAGCCUCCAGAAGCUGUCCUCGCGCCAGAGGAAAACCAAGCAAGAGGCCACAGCGGGCGGCAGCAACGGCAAACGGCACCACGGCACGCCCACUGGGGGGCGCAAGACCAACAAGCCGACUUACCGCACACCUGAGCGAGUCCGUAGACACAAGAAGGUCGGCCGGAGAGACUCGCAGAGCAGCAACGAGUUCCUUAGCACCUCUGACUCUAAAGAGAACAUCAGUGUUGAUGUAACCAUGGCUGAAGGGAAAGACAAAGGAGAUUCUCUGCCAGUAGACGAAGCCCUUUUAGACCCGUUCGGCGCCAAACCUUUCCACCCUCAGGAUGGAUGCCGGAACAGCCAGUUUCAAGGCCUCGGCGACAGUAAGGGUGACAUGGGCACAGCCAAUGGCAAGUCCUGGACGGGUUCUUUUCACAGUGCUCUUGGAGAAGGCCGAAUCAUGGAUGAUUUUGGGGCGGUGCCCUUCACAGAACUGGUAAUCCACAGUGGACCUCAGCAGCAGCCGGCGCCCUCACAGCCGGUGGAGCUCGACCCGUUCGGAGCUGCACCCUUUCCCUCGAAACAGUGACUUCUCUUGCGUCUUCCCACUCUGCCAUUUGCUGUUAAAUAAACCCUGAGCUUUUUUGGUUUGGGAUCAUUUUAAACCAGUCAUGGAAACACAAGCUAAUGAUGUCCUAACGCUUCUUUUUUUUUUUUUGAGAACAUUUUGUUACAGCUCUCGGUUUCAAUAACAAAAACCUAAAUCCUGUGGAGUGUGAGUGAUGUUUCCACAUAUCUUUCAGCUGUACCUGUUUGCUGAGAGGCCUUUUAUGCUGAAUCUUAAUGCUUACAAAGACGUUUGAACCGGAAGAGACAGAAAGUCCACUCAAAAAAAAAAUCAAACUGUGAUUAUAAGCGCAACGUUUGACCGCUUGACUCGCUGCAAAAAGCUUGUUAUCGCCUGCCUUCUGAUCUACCAAUAUGGUUUUGUUUUUUUUUUAGCACCAGAAAGCCUUACCUGAGCUCGGCUCUGCCUUGCUGCACAGUACCUCGGAAAAUACGACACAGUUGGUCGGCGUCGGCCUUUGGUGUCGGAAUCAUUUGAGAGAUGACCUUAACCACUUUGUUUUAUCCUCAUUAGACCUCUCUCUAUGCAUAAUUUCACAGUAGACUUGACUUGUGUUGCAUUACACCUGGAAUACUAGAAGGGAUCGAUUUAUUGUACUUCCUUAAAAACUUUGAUCUGUUAAUUGAGACAAGUUUAAAUUUAGGCUCUUAACUGUUUUUUUUUUUUUAGCAGUAAACUUGUAUGUAAGUACUGUUAAUUUUUUAUUAAGUUACAACUCAUCACAUUCUGUUAGUAAUAAGGAAGAAAUAAAACAUAAAUCCACAUUAGAUCACUAGUCUAGGUUUGUGUUUUAAGAACUCUGACCGCUAUAGAAACUCUCAAGCUCUACUGCUAUUUUCUCAGCAAUGUAAGUGCUGCAAACAUCAGAUUUCGUAAGGAUAAAUGGGUAUUGCACCGUCAGUUAAAGGACAAGGCCGGUGGUAUUCUAUAUAUUUUGUUUCUGUCAACAAAUACCCUUAAAAAGACCAAAGACAACAAAGUUACGUUAAUGUGUUAGGCCGUCUCUCGACACUUACUGACUUCACUACCCAGUCUGUGGCUCACAGCUUGACCUUUUUUGUGAAAUAUGCUUAUUCGCUUUCUUGCUGAGAGUUAGUUGAAAAGGUAGGUACCCCUAUCAUACCUAGGUUUUGUUAGGUGGACUUCUUUUAAUUUUAUUUUCAGACCGGGUCAGGCUCGCUGUCUCCCCCUAUCUCCAGUCUUUAUGCUACGCUGGACUGGCUUCUGGCUCUAGCUUCAUAUUAAAAGUACAUAUGUGAGAGUGGUAUCAAUCUUCUCAUGUAAGUCUGAGCAAGAAAGUCCUUUUUCCCCCAAAAUGUCAAAUUAUAAACAACUCACUAAUAUGUAGUUUUAUUUCGAAAAAAGGCUCGGUAAUCUCCUAAAACAGCUGGGAACUGUGAUUUUUAGCCAACAUUACUCCAGCGGGAGGAAAUGGUGCAUCUGGUAGGGACUGUAUUCAGUGGCGGAUUAAGCCACAUUUGUUGCUCUCGUGAGUAUCUCCAGCAGCAGGACGGGAUAUGUGGGGCGGUUUUUUGGACAGUGGAGUCAAAUCCUUUCAUGAUGCCUUGGAUGCAACGAAAUAAUUGUUAGUAAGAUCAAUAUGUUAAUGGUUUUGGCCUUUUCAUGGGAUUUGUUGACGGAAAAAAAAUGUGGAAUAUCAGCAGACUUACUCUUUUAACGGAGGUCUCUCCUCUGCAGAAUGAGGUAAAUUGGCAUUUUCAUAAAGGGGAAAAAAACAAAACAUUUAGGAUCGACUGAGAAAUCUGUGAUGUAACAUUCAGGUCAUCUGUCUUCAUGAUUGCACUUUUCAUUCUUCCAUGAACUAGCUCUGUGUGCUCUACAUCGACGGCCUUAAGCACUGCAUUUACCUACACAACCAUCGGCACAUUUGUUUGAAUUGAACCUGCAGGUUGCUGUGUUUUCACCAGUGGAACCAUUUGAUACAAGUACUUUCCAUCUUUUUUUCUUUUUUUUUUCUCACCAGGGUAAAUCUUGUAUUUAUCAUGCUAUCCUGCUGUUUGAUGCAAUAAAUAAGAUUCAUCUCAGUGCAGCUUGAGGUG